AUGGGGGUACGCUUCUUUUGUUUAUUUUUUAAUUUUUUUUUCAACAGCUUUAUUGGGUAUGACUCAUAUAAUACUAGUACAAUAAUACAGCACACGAUAAAAAUCGAAAGUACAAGACACAGCAAGAACAAUUAUUGAUAGAGCAAAGCAGACCAAAAAAGUCGUGGACCCAAUAGGCCUGGUGCGAAUUGCAUACAAGGACCCUUGCGAGGUGACGCCCGUAAGAUAAAAAAGGAAACAAAAUAAUGAACACUGAGAUCAGUUGCACCAUUCAGACAUUUGAACAAGAAAACGAGGACACAUAAUAUUUAAAAAAGAAAACGAGAAUCGAAAAAUAAUGAGCUGCUUUUUGGUCGGUUCUUCGCAAACUCUAAUUUCGUUCAAGAACGUCUUUUGAAUGUUCCGACUAUCUCGGCUCCAUCAAAUAUUCGAAAUUCACGCCUUACACUGGCCUUAAUAUAUCGUCGACCGUACUCUAAGAGUCAAUCUUGAGACUAUCAUCAGUUUUAUUGAGGAAUUUUAAGACUUCUUGAAACCUAUCAUUUUAUCUCGUGAUCCUCUUUUCUUUACUGGUGAUUUCGAUAUACGUGUUGAUGAUCACAAUCACAUGACGGCUUGUCAUUUCUUUGAUUUAUUGGAGUUGAUAUUAUUAAAUCGACGUGCGUCGGAAUCAACACAUGAACUGGGCCAUGUACUGGAUCUGAUAAUUACGUGGAGUUCAGAUAACUUUAUCAGUGGUCAACGUAUGUCUGACAUCCUGUUUUCGGAUAAU